AUGGAUUUACAGUAUGCAACCAACACUGUCCUGUAUGUCUACUAUGGAAUCACUAUCCGCGCGGGAGAUCCGAAGCCACAACCGGGGUCGCCUCGGUAUGCGCGCGACCGCCGUCGCAUCUUUAUUGCUAUUGUGACCACCUACCUGCUCUAUAACCUCUUCGAAGCGUACGAGAAGAUCCAGACCGAAGGCAGUUUCUAUGAUGUUCUGGGUGUAUCGCCGCUAUCAGAUGAAAGGGCCAUCAAGGCGCGAUUUCGCCGUCUAGCUGCGCAGCAUCACCCUGACAAGCUAGGGGCUGGCAGCUCGAGCGACCUCUUCGUGUACCUGAAGCAAGCGCAGGAUACGCUCACCAACCCGGUCAAACGGUAUGCAUAUGAUAUGUGGGGGCCUAAGAUCCUGCAAUGGAGGAAUAUCGAUACGGCGCAUGGGUAUUUCCUGUCUGGAUUGAUGAAGACGGUGCCCACUUAUUUGAUGUCGUUUUUGGGGCUCCUGCUUUUGAAUUAUACUUGGUGGUCUGAUUGGGGUCGCUAUUGGCGCUUUUUUGCAUUUGGCGCACUGUUCACACUGAAUCUGGCUUUGAUCAGUCAUCAGGGCCCCGUUUCCAUUACCUCGACCUUCUCACUGCUUCCGUGGCAGAUAAUGAAGAUGGCCGAGACUAUAUCGCUCAGCCUGCAUAUCUUCAUAUCACAGAUUGCUCCUCCUGAAGCAAAAGACGCCGGAUCGCCGGAUCGUCUUCAUCCGCAGACCCUCCAGCGUCUGGGACAGCUCCUACACCUCAGCCGAGCCACGGAUACUGAAGCGACGCGACUUCUACAAUUGGGAUUUGCGCCGUUCCAAGGUGACAGGGAAAGCAUUGCUACACUGAGGAAGGGUAUGAAGGAGGGCCUGGUCCUGAGCAGCGUACGGGGCAGCCAUGGGGUACAGCAAGCUGUGAAGCAAAUAGCAGAGCGCAAGGAGCAAGGAAAGAAGGUCGGUUGA